GGCGGAAGGACUCGGCGCCCCCGGCGGCCCGGCGCAGAGCGGUUUCCUUCCCGCUGGCCGCGGCGCCCCCGCCGAGUCCCGGAGCCCCCAGCCCCGCGGGCGCCAUGCGGGAGGCGCUGCUGCUGUUCUGCAACUGGAGCACGCUGGGCGUGUGCGCCGCGCUCAAGCUGCCGCAGAUCUCCGCGGUGCUGGCGGCGCGCAGCUCGCGGGGCAUCAGCCUCCCGAGUUUACUUCUGGAGCUGGCGGGCUUCCUGGUGUUUCUCCGGUACCUGUGCUACUAUGAGUACCCGCUGCUCACCUACCUGGAGUACCCCAUUCUCAUCGCACAAGACGUCCUCCUUCUGCUCUGUGUCUUCCACUUCAACGGGAACGUGAAAGGGGCAGCGCCCUACCUCGCCCUAUGUGUGGCCUCGUGGUUCGUCCUUUCCCUGCAGAAGUGGAUCAUAGACCUGGCCAUGAAUCUGAGUACUUUCAUCAGCACGGCCAGCAAGUUCGCUCAGCUCCAGUGCCUGUGGAAGACCCAGGACUCGGGAGCCGUGAGCGCCCUGACCUGGAGUCUCGCGUCGUACACCUGUGCGGCAAGAAUAAUCACCACCUUAAUGACCACCAGUGAUCUAACAGUUCUUAUGCGAUUUGUGAUCAUGCUUGCUUUGAAUCUGUGGGUAACAGCCACGGUACUUCGCUACAGGACGACAGUGGGAAAGGCUGAGUGAUCGAUGCGCGGCUCCUACGCACAAAGUGGAUUCCUAAUGACUGAACCAAAGGGGAAAAUAAGCUCACUGCUAAGUCAAGGUCUUCUAUAAAUUUAGUUAAUUGUUUCAGAGACUUUGAAGCCAAAGGUAUUUUAGACACAAGCCACGUGGACACCUGUUUAGAAAUGCUACCCUCCCCUCCCUCCGCCUCAGGAGGCGGCGGCUGGGCUCAGACCCCUGCUGGCUGGGCCCUCGGGAUUAACUGUCUCUGGUUUUGGGCUUUUACAAUCCUUUCCACGGCACAAGCGAUUAUGAAUGGAGUGAGAUUUUUCUCAAAGUCGGAAGUGGAAUUGUAGUAAAUUACUAAUGUUCCCUCCCUGGGACUGUUUAAUUGUAAUAGAGCUUUAACAGGCUGGCCUUUCCGUAUCGUAUCACAAGAUAGUACCUCCUUGGGCUCUAGUAAGGUAUGAGGCAAGCAAACGCUGGCCAGAGUUCAUAUACCAAAGUUAGUCUUUUUAACCUCAUCCAGUGCCUUUAAGAAGCGUGCUAUGAGCUGCAGUCUCUACUUACGAGGCAGUCCCGAUGAACUUUCUGAUUCAAGCAUAGUGCUGCCAUUUUUUAAAGGGUCACACCUUUAAAAAAAACAAAAACACACCUUGUCCGUUGACAACAUAAGCAGGAAAGGGUAUUGCUGGGUUCUGCCAAGUUCUUAAGGAUUUCACGCUCAUUAUAUCAUAUUCUAAACAUGAUGUUAAGAUUAUUGGAUGCAGCUUUUUACUACAAAAUUUUAUAAAGCCUAAAAUUUAAACUCUUCCUUUAUGAUUGAAUGGCAUUAUUCUAUUACAUGGAAUAUAUAAACGAUGUUUAUUAGAAAAUGUUUUAGCUUCCUAUGUAAAAUAAACUCUCAUAUUCUGAA